GGAAAGGAACAGCAGUGACGGCGCAAAUAUUUAUUCAGCACCGACGACACUUCUGCGCGAUCAGCCUGCUAGGAAAACGACUUAGGUUGUGAGGAGAAGCGGAAUUCGUAGAUUUUUUUAUGUUCCAGUCGUGGAUUUUAUUAUUUAGGAGAUGACGUCAUAAAGUUGUGUGAAUUCAAAGAAAAGGCAGGGCUGAGUGCACAUGGGGGUGUUUUUUGGCCGCCACAGCGAGGAUGAGGAGGAAAUCAUACCGGAGGAGAGGAAGGCAGCCUCGCGUGUGGGAGGGGACACGCUGGACUGCCCCACCUGUAGAGGGACGGGUCGCAUCCCCAGAGGUCAGGAGAGCCAGCUGGUGGCAGUUAUUCCUUGUACGGACCAGAGACUGAAGCCACGCCGCACGAAGCUGUACGUCAGCCUGUCGGUGGUGCUCUGCAUCCUCGUGUGUGCGCUCAUCCUCUUCUUCCUCUUCCCACGGAGCGUGCUGCUCUCUCCUGUUGCUGUGAAGUCUGUCUACGUGUUCUUCACCCCGUCCACGGUGGAGAUGACCAUCACUAACGUCAUCAACAUCACCAACAACAACUUCGCUGUUGUCCAGGCAACCGACCUGAGCAUCCAGGUGCUCUUCUAUGACACGGUUUUGGGAACGGCCUCAAUCUCCAACGUCACCACCAUCCAGCCACGCAGCGUGGAAGCAUACACUUAUGCCAUUCCCAUUCAGAUGACGGACGAAGGUCUAAACUCUUACUGCAAGUCCACCGCUAUACGGAUCCACACCCUGUUCCUGCAUCUACAGAUGACGAUGAAGGUAUUCUACCUGUCCCACUCGGAGCAGCUGUCUCUGGACACGUUUGAGUACAUCGACUGCGGCACCAACACCACCGUGCCUCACUUCUUCUGAGCCUCCGGGGGUCUGGAGGGGGUCCAGCUGUGGCCCUGGAAAAUAGACCUGAAUGGUGCCCUAUAGCCCCCCCCCUCCUUCCCUUGCUCCCAGAAUGCAGUGGGCCAGUGAGCCUCACUCCUCCCCUCACUGCUGGGGGGUUUAUAGUAGUACGGCGGUUGAGGUCUAACCCUGGGCUGAAUCCAAGGUCACAGAUUAGACUGAAACCACAUCUGAUCUCGGUGUCGCUUUCUAAAGCGAUGUGGAACUACCCUACUGAGACCAAGAACUCCAGCAUAUGAAGUGUCUGCUAACUGCUUCUUUUUGCUGCCAAAUAACAUCUCUCAUUUAUUACAGCAUGUUUUUAGGAAAUUCAAUAUUCAAUAUAUUAAACCACUAGUCCAUAGUGCCAAUAGUCUAUGGUGUCAUUAGUGACUAAUUCUGAAAACGUGGCCAUGAUUAAAGGAGAAGUUCAUUUUACCCUGUUGUACCAAUUGGUAUUGAUUUACAUCAACACAACUGCAUUCCACAAACUAAACUUUUAACUUGUACAAACUAACUUCAGUGGUAACAGAAGGAUCAUUUGUCAUUAUAAUCCACAAACACUUCUCAGUUCCGAGCACUGGUAUCCCUAUGUUUGUUGCAUUAAACCACCUUUCCAUAGAAAGCACUGUGCAUUUUAAGUGCUUUGCCCAUGCACCUUUUUACCACUGAGUCGUGAUAAGAAACGGAAAUUCUGUUUUUGAUCUGUUGGGUUAAUUUCCUUGUGUUUCCUGAUCUUAAUCGUUUAUAGUUUGGUAUGAGGAUGCAUUAUAUUGCUCACUUCCGUGCAGUAAAACAUUUGGCGCAGGCGUUUUUGGCAGAGAACAGUGGUUGAAGAACCAGUUUCACUGAUUGUUCUCUGCUUCCUGCUGGCAGUUUGCUGAAGGACCUUUUUCAGCCACUAGGUGGAGACAGAGCUCAUUGUUGUGUCUGAAAUAUGGAUGAAAAACAGUUUGUGAUUGGGUGAAUGUGAAGGGCUGUUUUCAGUUUGCAGUAAUGCUGUUGGGAAAUAAUGUGUUGUAUUCUUUCUGUUUUUUUUUACAACCUUUCUUUCAACUUAUGAUCCUUUCAUUCGCAAAUCUAAAUACUGUGAUCAAGUACGAUUAUUUAAUCCUUCAUUUGUUUUGUAUGGUACUCUUCGUGUUUUCUCAUUUAUGCCAAAUUGCCACAAUCGAAUUGUUUUGAAAUGGCUGUAAUCAUAUAAUGUACUGUGUGUUUUAAGCCCAGUGUGUGUCUUUUUUAUUUGUGGUGUCUGAGUCCAGAAUUCCUUAAACGCUGUUGAGAGCAGUGGCUGCCCUCAGUUAAUUGAUGAGAAGUGUUUCCUGUUAAGCUGAUACAUUUGAGGCUUUUCCUUCAAAAUGAGGAGCGGUUUCAUGUUUUCAACAAUAUCACAUUUAUCAUGCACUUUUCAUUGAAUGAACAAUCGAACAAUCAAAGCGCUAGAUAAAAUAUAAUAUUUAAAAUAAUUAAUGAAAAGGUACAUCAUAAAUAGUGGUAAGAAUGAGAAUGUAAGAAUUUUAUUAAUGGAUACUGUCAUAUUUGUGUAUUGUGUGUUGUGUCUUUGGUAAAAUAAAUCCCUUCAUCAGAGAUUUUCA